AUGAGCCAGUGUGUUCCCAGCUGGGACGUCGACGACAACCCACCACCCUCCAGACUCUCUCUUCGAUCCAACUCCACUUCCACUGCCCCUGAUGUCCCCAUGUUAGACUACGAGGUUGCGGAGCUGACAUGGGAAAAUGGUCAACUUUCUAUGCAUGGCUUAGGGCUACCGCGUGUGCCGGUGAAGCCCCCCACAAGCGCCGGGACCAAGUACACAUGGGAGAAACCUCGCGCCAGUGGCACCUUGGAAUCCAUAGUGAACCAAGCCACGAGCUUGCCGCACCGCGGAAAGCCAACGCUGAACGGAGACGGCGGCGUGUAUGGGAACUUCGUGGUGCCGUGGUUCGACCCUGACGGGAGUGCCACGGCGGCGAACACGGUGACGAUGGACGCAUUGGUGCCGUGCACGAAGCGGGAGCAGAGAAAGCAGGGCAUGGAGUCGGUUCCCAGCACGUGCAUGGUGGGGUGCUCCACACGUGUGGGGUCGUGCUGCGGCAACAAGGGCGCGAAGGGGCAGGAGAUGAGUGGGAGGGAUCAGAGCGUGAGUGGCAGCGCCACGUUCGGGAGGGAUAGCAAGCAGGUGACCCUUGACACGUGCGACAGGGAUUUUGGUGUAGCUUUCACUUCCACCUCCAUCAACUCCCUCGACAACACCAGCUCCGCUAAGCCCUGCACCAAAACCACCACCGUCGACGACCAUGAUUCUGUUUCCCACAGUAAACCAGUGGGUGAAGACGGGGACGAAGAAAAGAAAAAGAGAGGAAACGGAAAAUCUUCGGUUUCCACUAAAAGGAGCAGAGCUGCGGCCAUACAUAACCAAUCUGAAAGGAAAAGGAGGGAUAAGAUAAACCAAAGAAUGAAGACAUUGCAAAAGUUGGUCCCAAAUUCCAGCAAGACUGAUAAAGCUUCAAUGUUGGAUGAGGUGAUAGAAUACUUGAAGCAGUUGCAAGCACAGGUGCAGAUGAUGAAUAGAAUCAGCAUGUCAUCGAUGAUGCUGCCAUUAACCAUGCAACAACAGCUUCAAAUGUCGAUGAUGUCUCCAAUGGGCAUGGGAUUAGGGAUGGGAAUGGGGAUGGGGAUGGGCAUGGGGAUGGAUAUGAACUCCAUGAAUCGUGCUAACAUCCCUGCCAUUCCUCCAGUCCUCCACCCUUCUGCCUUCAUGCCCAUGGCGGCUGCGUCGUGGGAUGCCGCUGCUGCCGGAGGCGGUGACCGACUUCAAGGGAAUCCGGCCACCGUGAUGCCUGAUCCUCUGUCCACAUUUUUUGGAUGCCAAUCACAGCCCAUGACGAUGGAUGCCUACAGUAGAAUUGCUGCCAUGUAUCAGCAGCUGCACCAACCUCCAGUUUCUGGUUCAAAGAACUGA